AUGGGCGCUGUCCGCAUUGCCGUGCCGAGAUCGCAUUCAAAACGGAUCCCAAGAAUGCGGAAUACGUUUUGGAAUUCGGGAGGAACACGAACGUACGACCCAAGACGGGAUGCAGAGAUUGCAGCAACUGUCCUUAAGGAUCAGCUAGAGGAGGAAAUUGCGACAGAUUCCAUGCGGGCAUUAGAGCAUAAAACAUACAGCACGGCAAAUGAACUGAUGGCUCUUGAGCAACUGGAUGAGCUGCGAAAAAUCAACAAAAGGUUGCUAAAUCGGGAAUCAACAGUGGACGACGCUCUUCAAUGGAUUAAGCAAGGAGGGCUACCGAAGCAAGAAGAGGAAAAAGUAGAAGAGCUAGAAGGUGAAGAUUUGGAAGAUUUUGAAAAAGCUCGUGAAGAGAUUAGUCAACGUCAAUUAAAUUCAACGUUGGGUCAUAGUAGUAGUGGUGGGGAGGACAGCGAUCAUGCUGCUGGAUAUCGCACCGCACAAUUGAACGAAAGAGACAACUUGAUUAAAGAAGAAUCUUCUUCGUCUUCUAGCAGCUUGAUUGCUUCUUCUAAAGUUUCACUCAUCGUUAAGAAGCGAUGCAGACCAAUGAAUGAAGUGGAUUCUUCAAAGCGAUCGAAAGUUGAAUUGUGCAAAGUCAGUGAAGCCCCUGCUGGGUCGUCAUUGCUAGGGGUGUACGAUUCGGAUUCCGGUGGUUGA